AUGUAUACCAAGAUAAAUGUUUUAUCUAAAAAUAGGAGCCCCGCUAAUUUUAUAAGAAUGUUCUCAAGUCGCAUGUAUAUGAAUAUAUGUAUAAACCAUUUUGUAAAUAAAUUAAUAAAUGUAUAUUCAGAAAAAAGUAUAAAAUUUACGACCCUUUCUUCAGACGCAGUAAAGGCAAUAACGAAUUUAAAAGAAUCGGUAAAAAAACCAGAUAAAAAAAAAAAAAACAUUACAAGAGAGACACUUAAAAAUUGUCAAGGUCAUAAGAGACGAUACAAAUUAUUUGGUGAUAGAGAAGAAUUUCAUAAUAUAGAUAGAGAUAAAAAUAAUUUAAUAAUUGAACCUACAGAUAGUUUUCGAGCUGUUAUUACUACAUCUAAAAAUAAUGUACAUAUUCAAGUUGUAAAUAAAAGUAAAAAUUAUAAAACCAUAUUUGGUUCCUUUGCUGGAAAUGUUGGUUUUACAAAAACAUUACAACAAAGCGAAAGAUGUGCAUAUAGAAUAGGUGAGAAUAUAGCUAAAAAAUGUAGAAGACUUGGGAUUUUUUCAAUUGAUAUCAAAUUUAGAAGAAUCAUGAGGGUAGAAACUGUUUUGCAAGCUAUGUAUGCAAAUAAUCUUAAUAUAACACAAAUAAUACAUGAACCUAGAUUACCAAAAUGUGGAUUAAAUGCUUCUAAGCCUAGAAAGAGAAGACGUGUAUAG